GAUGGCUCGCUUUGGCGAGGCGAUGGCUGGCAGGCUGGGAUCCGGGGAUGGAGCCGCCGAGCAGAGCCGGAACCGCCAGGGCGCCCCUGCUCCUUCAGGGGGGACCCCGGGAGCCUACAAGCAAACCAAAGCCCAAAGGGCCAGGACGAUGGCGCUGUACAACCCCAUCCCCGUUCGCCAGAACUGCUUCACAGUCAACAGAUCCCUCUUCAUCUUUGGAGAAGAUAACAUUGUCAGGAAAUACGCCAAGAAGCUCAUCGACUGGCCUCCCUUUGAAUACAUGAUUCUACUGACCAUCAUCGCAAAUUGCAUCGUUCUGGCUCUGGAGCAGCAUCUCCCGGAGGAUGACAAGACGCCCAUGUCUCGGAGAUUAGAAAAGACGGAACCUUAUUUCAUUGGGAUCUUUUGCUUUGAAGCUGGCAUUAAAAUAGUCGCGUUGGGAUUUGUUUUCCACAAGGGCUCAUACCUCCGAAAUGGCUGGAAUGUCAUGGAUUUCAUUGUGGUCCUGAGUGGCAUCCUCGCCACAGCAGGGACACAUUUCAACACCCAUGUGGACCUGCGGACUCUGCGAGCAGUGCGAGUGCUCAGACCCUUGAAGCUUGUCUCAGGCAUUCCUAGUUUACAGAUUGUGCUCAAAUCCAUCAUGAAGGCAAUGGUGCCUCUUCUCCAGAUAGGACUCCUUCUCUUCUUUGCUAUCUUGAUGUUUGCCAUUAUUGGUCUGGAGUUCUACAGUGGGAAACUACACCGGGCUUGCUAUGUGAACAAUUCAGGUGAAUUACAAGAACUGGACCCGCCUCAUCCCUGUGGGGUACAGGGAUGCCCUGCAGGCUAUGAAUGCAGGGAAUGGAUCGGUCCCAACGAUGGGAUCACUCAGUUUGACAACAUCCUCUUUGCGGUGCUGACUGUCUUCCAGUGUAUUACCAUGGAAGGAUGGACUACAGUGCUGUACAAUACCAACGAUGCCUUAGGAGCCACCUGGAACUGGCUGUACUUCAUACCCCUCAUCAUCAUCGGAUCAUUCUUUGUCCUCAACCUUGUCCUGGGAGUGCUUUCUGGGGAAUUUGCCAAAGAGAGAGAGCGAGUGGAGAAUCGCCGCGCAUUCAUGAAGCUGAGGAGGCAGCAGCAGAUCGAGCGGGAACUGAAUGGGUACCGCGCCUGGAUAGAUAAAGCAGAGGAAGUCAUGCUGGCUGAAGAGAACAAAAAUUCUGGCACAUCGGCCUUAGAAGUACUCAGGAGGGCAACCAUCAAGAGGAGCCGGACGGAAGCCAUGAAUCGGGACUCUAGCGAUGAGCGUGUGGAUAUCUCCUCCGUGGGUACCCCACUCGCUCGGGCCAGCAUCAAGAGUGCGAAACUGGACGGCGCCUCCUACUUCCGGCACAAAGAGCGGCUCUUGCGCAUCUCGGUCCGUCACAUGGUGAAAUCCCAGGUGUUUUAUUGGCUCGUCCUGAGCAUUGUGGCCCUCAACACGGCCUGUGUGGCCAUUGUUCAUCACAACCAACCUCCGUGGCUCACUCACCUUCUCUACUAUGCAGAGUUUAUAUUUCUGGGUCUCUUCCUCCUCGAGAUGUCCUUGAAGAUGUACGGGAUGGGGCCACGCCUUUACUUUCAUUCGUCGUUCAACUGCUUUGACUGUGGGGUCACAGUAGGAAGCAUCUUUGAAGUGGUUUGGGCUAUAUUCAGACCAGGGACUUCUUUUGGAAUUAGUGUCUUACGAGCCUUGCGGCUGCUGAGAAUAUUUAAGAUCACAAAGUAUUGGGCUUCCUUGAGGAAUUUGGUGGUCUCACUGAUGAGUUCUAUGAAGUCUAUUAUCAGCCUGCUCUUCCUCCUUUUCCUCUUCAUUGUAGUCUUUGCCCUGCUUGGGAUGCAGCUGUUUGGUGGCAGAUUUAAUUUUAUGGAUGGGACUCCUUCCGCAAACUUUGACACCUUCCCUGCAGCCAUCAUGACCGUUUUCCAGAUCCUGACAGGCGAAGACUGGAAUGAAGUAAUGUACAAUGGGAUUCGUUCCCAAGGCGGUGUCCGCUCAGGGAUGUGGUCAUCCAUCUAUUUCAUUGUCCUCACUCUGUUUGGCAACUACACCCUGCUUAAUGUGUUCUUGGCCAUUGCUGUGGAUAACCUAGCCAAUGCGCAGGAGCUGACAAAGGAUGAGCAGGAAGAAGAGGAGGCUUUUAACCAGAAGCAUGCUCUGCAGAAAGCCAAGGAAGUCAGCCCAAUGUCUGCUCCAAACAUGCCUGCUAUAGAAAGGGACAGAAGGAGAAGGCACCACAUGUCGAUGUGGGAACCACGCUCCAGCAAUCUGAGGGAGAGGAGAAGGCGCCACCACAUGUCUGUAUGGGAACAGAGGACCAGCCAGCUCCGUCGGCACAUGCAGAUGUCCAGCCAGGAGGGUAUCAACAAGGAGGAGCCUCCUCUGCUCAAUCCUCAUGCUAGCAUUUUUCGGAGAAGGAAGUUACUAGAGAACUCUGAUCCUGCAAAGAACGGGGAGGAAGAAGGGGGCAAGGCAGAGCGGACUCCGGGGGAAGGCUCGGAGCAGCAAACUCCAGGCUCCAAUCCAUGCCCAAGCAUCAGGGAAGACCAGAGGACUCCGUCUCCUCGAGCCAAGAGAGAGUGGGAGGGAUGGCACCACAAAUCGUUCCACGGGAACUGUGGUCUGACUGACCAGGAGGGCGGAGGAAGUGCAGCCUUUGAGGAAAGGGCCCGGCUCAGACACAGUCAGAGGCGCAGCCGACACCGCAGGGUAAGGACAGAAGCCAAGGAGCACAGGUCAGCCAGCCAAGAGACGUGUCCGGAAGGGGUGAGUCCGGCUGAGGCAGAGCAGAGCGGAGAGCAGAAAAGAAAUGAAGAGGAAAAGAAGGCCUUGAUUGAAGAGGGGCAGCAGGCUGUGGAGGAGCUGAAAAGCACCAACGAAGCCCCAGCCAAUGAUACAGAGCUUGCUGUGGCUCCCCAAGAACCAAACCCUGCCGAAUCCCACCUUGAAGCAUUCAAAGACAAGGAUGCUAGUCAGACAGAGCAAGAUGGCAGCAGCCUGGACACAAGCGAGCAAGCCCUGUUGGGUGACCUGCCAAUGGAUACAUGCCGGACUAUCAGCAGGAGUGAACCUGAUCUGUCGUCCAUCACAACCAACACGGAGAAAGCCACGGAGAGCACCACUAUCAUGAUUGAUGUCCAAGACUCUGCUGUGGUACAGAUUAGUAACAAGACCGAUGGAGAAGCCAGCCCUUUGAAGGAGUCAGAAACCAAGGAAGAGGAAGGGCAGGAGAUGGAGAAGAAGAAAAAGCGGAAGAAGGAGAAGAGCUCGGGCAAGCCGAUGGUUCCACACAGCUCUAUGUUCAUCUUCAGCACCACAAACCCGAUCCGGAGAGCCUGCCAUUACAUUGUCAACCUGCGCUACUUUGAGAUGUGCAUCCUUCUGGUGAUCGCAGCAAGCAGCAUCGCCUUGGCCGCAGAGGAUCCCGUCCUGACCAACUCAGAGAGGAACAAAGUCCUGAGGUAUUUUGACUACGUUUUCACUGGUGUGUUCACCUUCGAGAUGGUUAUUAAGAUGAUAGACCAAGGAUUAAUACUGCAAGAUGGAUCAUAUUUCCGGGAUCUCUGGAACAUCCUGGAUUUCAUUGUGGUGGUUGGAGCACUGAUGGCCUUUGCCUUGGCGAAUGCUUUGGGGACCAAUAAAGGCCGGGAUAUAAAAACUAUUAAGUCUCUUCGUGUGUUGCGAGUCUUGAGGCCUUUGAAGACCAUCAAGCGGCUGCCCAAACUCAAGGCUGUGUUUGACUGCGUUGUAACAUCUUUGAAGAAUGUCUUCAACAUCCUCAUCGUCUACAAGCUCUUCAUGUUCAUCUUUGCUGUCAUCGCGGUCCAGCUGUUCAAAGGCAAAUUCUUCUACUGUACAGACAGCUCAAAAGAUACAGAGAAAGACUGCAUAGGCAACUAUGUGGACCACGAGAAAAACACGAUGGAGGUAAAGUGUCGGGAAUGGAAGCGCCAUGAAUUCCACUAUGACAAUAUCAUUUGGGCAUUGCUUACGCUCUUUACAGUCUCCACAGGAGAAGGAUGGCCACAGGUCUUGCAACAUUCCGUGGACGUGACUGAGGAGGACCGUGGCCCCAGCCGCAGCAACCGCAUGGAGAUGUCCAUUUUCUACGUGGUGUACUUUGUCGUCUUCCCUUUUUUCUUUGUGAACAUCUUUGUGGCUCUCAUCAUUAUCACAUUCCAGGAACAAGGGGACAAAAUGAUGGAGGAGUGCAGUUUGGAGAAGAAUGAGAGAGCGUGCAUUGACUUUGCUAUCAGCGCUAAACCCCUCACCCGCUACAUGCCUCAAAACAGACACACCUUUCAGUACCGGGUCUGGCACUUCGUGGUCUCUCCAUCUUUUGAAUACACCAUCAUGGCAAUGAUUGCACUGAACACUGUGGUCCUGAUGAUGAAGUACUAUUCUGCUCCCUACACGUAUGAACUGGCUCUGAAGUACCUGAAUAUUGCUUUUACCAUGGUUUUCUCAUUGGAAUGUUUCCUGAAAAUUAUAGCUUUUGGCUUCCUGAACUAUUUCCGCGAUACUUGGAACAUCUUCGAUUUCAUCACCGUGAUUGGAAGCAUUACAGAAAUUAUCUUGACAGAUAGCAAGCUGGUAAAUACUAGCAGCUUCAACAUGAGCUUUCUGAAACUGUUCCGUGCCGCACGUCUCAUCAAACUGCUUCGCCAGGGUUACACCAUUCGGAUUCUGCUGUGGACUUUUGUGCAGUCAUUCAAGGCACUCCCAUAUGUCUGUCUCCUGAUUGCGAUGCUUUUCUUCAUAUACGCCAUCAUUGGGAUGCAGGUCUUUGGGAAUAUCAAAUUAGAUGAAGAAAGCCAUAUUAACCGUCACAACAACUUCCGCAGCUUCCUGGGUUCCCUCAUGCUUCUUUUCAGGAGUGCCACUGGGGAGGCAUGGCAAGAGAUCAUGCUGUCUUGCCUGGAAGGUAAAGGAUGUGAGCCAGACACCACAGCGACUGCCGGACAGAAUGAGAAUGAGCACUGUGGCACAGAACUGGCGUACGUUUACUUUGUCUCCUUCAUCUUCUUCUGCUCCUUCUUGAUGCUCAAUCUCUUUGUGGCUGUCAUCAUGGACAAUUUUGAAUACCUGACUCGUGAUUCCUCCAUUUUGGGACCCCAUCAUCUUGAUGAAUUUGUCCGGAUUUGGGCAGAGUACGACAGAGCUGCGUGUGGCCGCAUCCAUUACACUGAGAUGUAUGAAAUGCUGACUCUCAUGUCCCCACCACUAGGCCUCGGCAAGAGAUGUCCCUCCAAAGUUGCUUAUAAGAGACUGGUCUUGAUGAAUAUGCCUGUGGCCGAGGACAACACAGUCCAUUUCACCUCCACUUUGAUGGCACUGAUCCGAACAGCUUUGGAUAUUAAGAUCGCUAAAGGUGGUGCAGACUGGCAGCAGUUGGACUCUGAGCUCCAGAAGGAGAUUCUGACCAUCUGGCCUCACCUUUCACAAAAGAUGCUAGAUCUAUUGGUGCCCAUGCCAAAAACAACCGACUUGACCGUUGGCAAGAUCUAUGCAGCCAUGAUGAUAAUGGACUAUUACAAGCAGAGUAAAGCUAAAAAACAAAGGCAGCAGCUAGAAGAACAGAAAAAUGCCCCCAUGUUCCAGCGCAUGGAGCCAUCCUCUCUUCCUCAGGAGAUCAUUUCUAAUGCCAAAGCUUCGCCUUACCUCCAGCAGGAUACACUUUCAGGACUGAGCAGCCGGAGCGGGUUCCCCUCCUUGAGUCCACUCUCUCCCCAAGAGAUAUUCCAGUUGGCUUGCAUGGAUCCAACCCAUGGGGAAUAUCAGGAGCAGCAGUCUCUGGAGCCAGAGGUUAGAGAGUUUAAAAGAGUGCAGCCCUCUAACUGUGGCAGCUACCUCCCCGUGGACACUCAGGAACGAGCUGUAUCUGGGAGGGCCUCUUCCAUGCCACGCCUGACUGUGGAUCCCCAGGUGGUCACAGAUCCAGGCUCAAUGAGACGCUCAUUUUCUACUAUCCGAGACAAGCGGACAAACACUUCCUGGUUAGAUGAGUUCUCCAUGGAAAAAAGCAGUGAAAACACCUACAAGUCCCGACGACGCAGCUACCAUUCUGCACUACACCUGUCUUCGCGACGCCUCAACACAGACUCAGGCCACCGAUCUGACGCGCAUCGGUCUGGAGGCAGAGAGCGAGGACGCUCCAAGGAACGCAAGCACCUGCUCUCUCCAGACAUCUCUCGUUGCAACUCAGAGGAAAGGAGCCCACAGGCAGAUGGUGACUCUCCAGAGCGACGUCAGUCCAGGUCGCCCAGUGAGGGCAGGUCACAAACACCCAACAGACAGGGCACAGGCUCCUUGAGCGAAAGCUCCAUCCCUUCUAUAUCUGACACCAGCACUCCCAGGCGAAGCCGCCGCCAGCUCCCUCCGGUGCCACCAAAGCCACGCCCCCUCAUUUCCUACUCUGCUAUGAUGCAACACUGUGGCGACACCUCCCCGCAACCUGAUGACAGCGAGGGUGGCUCCCCACUGCUUUCUGGGGCCCUGGAGACAAACAACACCUGCUUGACUGAGUCUUCCAGCUCCCCACAGGGAAAGCAGAGCCUCCUCUCCACCCCACAACGUUACAUCUCAGAGCCUUACCUGAUGCUCCAGGAUGACUCCCACGCAUCAGACUGUGGCGAGGAGGAGACACUCACCUUCGAGGCCGCUGUGGCCACCAGCUUGGGCCGCUCCAACACUAUUGCUGUGGGCCCUCGCUCAAGGCACAGCUGGCAGAUGCCCAAUGGGCACUAUCGGAGAAGGAGAAGAGGGGUGCCGCAAGGGGUGAUGUCAAUGGCUGGCAUCGACGUACUUAGUGAUACGGAAGAAGACGACAAGUGCUAG